AUGGUUCAUCACUUGAAAAAGGACGAGGAAAAGACGCGUAUGUGGUCGGAAAUCGCAUCGGCAGCCGAAACAGGCUGGGAUUUUUCGACCAGGUGGUUUGCUCAAGAUGGUGAAGACAAGCACGCAAUGAGAAGUAUUAGGACAUGGAGCAUUGUUCCAGUCGAUCUCAAUGCGUUCAUGUGCGUGAAUGCUCGGAUUUUGGCCAGUCUUUUCGAAAUCAGAGGAGACUUCAAAAAGGUCGCAUUCUACCAAGAACGUUACGAAGUUAGCAAAACGUGA